ACCGUUUGCAUCAGGAAGUUAUCAUCAAUGCACUGGAGGAACCUCCUGGACAGUGGCUGGCUGUGCGUGCCCUCCAGCAGCUAUCAGGCUUUUCGUGUUCCUCCUUUUUGUCUUGAAUGUCAUCAGAAAGACAUCCGGCAACAUUAAGCACAAGUAUGUAGGCACGUGGAAGCAAUGCUUUGGUUUGGGAAUAUUACAUAGCUGAUAAAUAGUUGAGGGCAAGGAGUUUCAGCUUUCUUUCCAAAAAUCUAGGCAGGAUUUUGGAAAGAUUCUAAAGGAAUAUAAAUAGCAGACAGAAAGCUGGAAGUGGCAGCAGGUGGUUGGCUGCAGGAGGGCUGUUCAGGAAUGCCUGCUCAAGGACAAGCCUGAGCACAACCAGCGUGGGGCUUUUGCUGCAGCUGCCUUUGUCUUUACAGAGCGGCUGCCCUUUGAAGUGGAUGCUGCUUGAGUUUCAAGCAUUCGCAGAUCUCUGCCCCUAUAUGCUUCCAGUUUGCUCUUUUGGGAUCCAGCCAAGGACCUUCCAGGCCCAGACUAGGAGACAGCGUGGAUUCCUUGUUGAACUGGCGAUUUUUAUUUUCUAGGUGAAGGUUGGUAUAAACAGGAAGAGUUGUUAGUUGCAGGGCUAGGGGAUGAAAAACAAAAAAGAGUUUACACAGCAAUAAGCAAUGAUGUUUCAAAAGCAUUCCCAGAAGAACAGCGUGACUUCCCAGAACAGUCUAAACCAUGGCAGCUCCUUAGGGCUGGCAGACCCACAGUGAAGCUGCUGGAAAGCAGCCAGUGGUCUGUUCCACUUCUCUUUUCUUGUGAACUCCCCCAGUGAGCUGCUUUGCCCCCUUUUACUGCCAGUUUCCUAGGCCUUGGCAUUUUGACAACUCCAUUUGCUGCUGAUAAGAUCUCUAGUAAUUUUUCUCUGAGCAACUUUCAGACCUGUUCUUGGUUUGCAUUGUUUUAUUUUUGUUCUUUCCUUUGUUAUCUUUGACUUUUCUGGAAGCCCAAGGUCAGCAGCCCUGCUCCUUGCUGUCACUAUUCACUAUAUCACAAGAUAUUCAAGGAAGAGCUUCCUAAAAGUGAUAGUAUAUAGGAACAAAGAAGCUUGAGGCAUCGUGUUCCACAUUUUAUCAUUGGUUUGUGCCCACGCUACUCACUAGGAAGGAGUCUAGGAAGGAAAUUGGGCUUUUAAGACUUUUUGGUACAUGCACAAAGCGUUACCAGUAUUUCAUAAGAAAAAUAUUAACGGGAAGGCAGCAUAAAGCUCUCCUACAGAUGGACUAAUGAGCAAAUACAAUGGAAAUAUUAUACAAAAGCCCAUGAGAGGCAGAGGAAAGGAAACCUCCUAAUCUUCCAUGUGCCUGCAUGAUGAUCCUGUGCUUGAUGUUAGGAAACGUGAAGCAGAUAAACAGGAAAAAGAAGAGGAAGCUGGCAAAGAGAAGUACAAUAGGGAUAAAGUAGAUCACCAAGUGCAAAUGUACUGACUGGUUCCGAUGGACAUUUUUAACAAUAGCAGGAAAAAGCCUGAAGAGGAUUCUGCUUCAAGCAAAUCUUGGGUCAAAUGAUGGGGGUAUGUUGCCAUUCAUCAGCUCUUGUGAAAUGUGGCGAAAGGAAAUGUUUAUUGUUUUGUGUAUUUUUAAUGAGGUAUUUGUUUUGUUUUUGUAACUAUGCUGCUCUAUUGCCUGUCAGCAUUUACCAUAGAAUCAUAGUAUGGCUUAGGUUGGAGGGGGCAUUACUUUAUCAGGCAUGACUUACCCUUGGUGAAGCCAUGUUAGUUACCACCAAUCACCUCAUCUUUAUUUCCCACAUGCCUUAGGGCCUCCAGGAGGAUCUUUGUCAGUUCCUUCAGAACAUCAGGCAGCCUGUAGCAAACCCCCGCUAUGAUCUCCUUUCUCUGCCUUCCCUUUAACCUAUAACCCUAACUUAUAAGCUAUCUGUCAGCUCCUUGUCUAUCCCCAGGUGGAACUCCAUGGACUCCAGGUAGUCACUGAUGUAGAGGGCAGUAUUACAAUCCAGCUGUCUUCAAGACAACUUGUAUGAUCUUUUGAUCUUCAUACAAGAUCUGAAGACUCCUUACGCUGGGCCUGCCCCCUCUUUCACACAGAAAGAGAAACCCCCGCCCCCAACCUCCGUCGCCGGUAUCAAGGGGGCGGCCCUCGCCCUCCAUAGGGGGAGGCGGUUAGAGGCUGGGCGGGAUGUGAUGGCCGCGUCCAUCUGCCCUGCGUGCUCCGAGCCCUGCGUGGAGCCGCGGCUGCUGCCCUGCCUGCACUCGCUGUGCACGCCCUGCCUAAGGAACCUGGAGACGGUGGGAGAGCCCAACCGGGCCAAUACCGCCCUCAGAGCGCUGUGCCCGCUGUGCGACGCCGAGAUAGCGCUGCCUCCGGGCGGCCUCGGGCAGCUCGUCCCCGACUACACGGCGCUGGGGCGCGGAGGGGCCGCCGGAACGACGGGGUGCGACCUGUGCGCGGAUGGAGCGGCUGCCAAACGCUGCCAGAGCUGCGGGGUGCGACUCUGCCUCUUCUGCUGCCAGGCACACAGGAGACAGAAGAAGACUGCCUCCCAUGUCGUGGUGGAGCUGGAGAGCAGCAGGGAUUGCAGCCAGGCUGGGAAACCUUUCUUCUGCCCUUCCCAUCCCUCAGAGGAGCUAGGGCUGUUCUGCGAGCAGUGUGACCAGCCCAUGUGCCAGGAUUGCGUUGCAGAAAGGCACCGGCAGCACCCCUAUGACUUCACCAGCAACGCUGUGCACCGGCACGGGGACUCCCUGCGGGAGCUGCUGAGAAGCACCCAGCAAUGCAUGAGCACAUUAGAAGAUGUGCUGGGCCAGACUGAUAGCGUGGGCAAUGCCAUCCGCACUCGUGCAGAGGCUGUGGCCACGGAGAUCAAUGCGUUUGCCAGAGGAUAUGUGAAAGCUAUUGAAGAGCACCGGGACCGGCUGCUGAAGCAGCUGGAGGACCUGAAGGUGCAGAAGGAAAACCUGCUGCACUUGCAGAAGGCCCAGCUGCAGCAGCUGUUGCUGGACAUGAGGACAGGCGUGGAGUUCACGGAGCGCUUGCUGACAAGUGGCUCAGACCUGGGGAUCCUCGUCACCAAAGGGGUGGUGACAAGCCGGCUGGCAAAGUUGAACAGUGCUGCUUACAGCACCCACCCCAAUGUGGAUGACAGCAUUCAGUUCUCUCCCCAGGAGAGGGCAGGGCAAUGUCAUGGCUAUGAAGUUUUUGGGGCUGUUAUCUGCAAAGCUGUUGAUCCAACCAAAUGUACCCUGCACGGGGAAGAUCUCCGCAGUGCUCGUCAGAAUGAGCUGACGGGCUUUACCCUGCUCUGCAAUGACACCACGGGGGAGCGGAUGGGGAGAGGAGGAGAGGCCGUGAUGGUCACCAUCACCCACAAGGACAAGAAGGACUGUGCAGUCAAACCAACAGUGUGUGAUAAUGGUGAUGGAACCUACCAUAUUUCCUACAGCCCCGAGGAGCCAGGCUUGUAUGCUGUCUGCGUCUAUGUGAAAGGGCAGCAUGUACAGGGCUCUCCAUUCAUUGUGAUGGUGAAAAGCAAGUUCCGCAAACACCGGGGCAUGUUCCACUGCUGCACAUUUUGCUCAAGUGGGGGGCAGAAAGCUGCUCGCUGUGCCUGUGGAGGGACUAUGCCAGGUGGGUACCAAGGUUGUGGCCAUGGACACAAAGGUCACCCUGGGUGUCCCCAUUGGUCAUGCUGUGGACAAGUCAAAAGGAGCUCGGAAUGUCUGAGUGGGUUUCCCAGCGACAGAUCACAGAGAAGUUUGCUCAGGACAGUGGAACUCUGAGAAGUUGAGCUUCUGUGCGCUCAGGGCCCUCCUACCGUCUGCUGAAUGAGUGAGCAUGUACCACAAGGAUCCCCACAACUGCUGAAGAGCCAUGUUGUCAGAAAACAACAUGGUGACGAGUAUGAAAUGAGAAUAGAGGGUGAGGGAAAAUAAAACUGUGCCUUAUAUUCUACCUGGGGUUGUGAAUGCAAGGUUGUUUUGUUUCUAAACAAGAGCCAGCUCCAGGAAUUGUACCAAUGCCUGCACUUUUGGCAUCUCAAGACCUGUGGGUUUAGGCUCUGAGAAGAAACUUGAAGUCCUUGCUCACAGGAGGGUCAGUACGUGCCUCAUUCUGCAUGACAGUCUGCUGCCCUUCUCUGAGUGGCCAAAGUUGCCUUUACCUCUGGUACCCAGCUGGAUUUUGGCAUUGUAUGUGUACUGAUAGUACACUUCACACUCCUGGGAGCUGCUGUUCUGUUUGCAGCUGUCCUAUUUUCUCCAGGUGAGCUGCAGUCUCAUUACACUCUCUCCAUAAAGGAGGAGGAAGGCAGAGUAGUGAUUUAACUGAAAGAAAACCCAUGGCAGUGAUGGGAACAGCAACUGCAGUGCCACUUUUUGUCCAUGGAGAUAGUGUGGGGCACAGCACUGCUGGGGGUGAUAUGGGAUCCAGGAAAGCACCCAGCUCACCAAGGAAAGAUUUGGGGUCAGUGUGACUAUCUGUAGGAACCAUAGGUACAAGGUUGCAGUUAUCUGUCCCAAAUGGGAAGAGCAGCACGUAUUUGAAGCAGAACUCCUGGAUUUGGUUUUCAUGGCCCUGGCAGUGCUCUCUCUUUAGAAUGAGAGCUUAUUCCACUUAUUCUCCUGGGUUUGUAUGGUUGCUGCCAACCCAUAGCUGGGAAAGUAAUACCUGUGGUGAGGAAGAAAAGACACUUACUGCCUGAUACUUGCCUGGGUGAAGCAGAAUCCUCCAUGUAUCUUCUGGAACAAAACACAUUCAUGGCAUUGAUUGAACACUACUGCCCUGGGGGUAACCUCAGUCACAGGUAUGUCCUUCUAGGGGCUUGUAAUGCUGCCUGGGGAGAUGGGUCUGACUUGGUGGUUCUGUGAGAGGAAUGCUGCUCUACUGUCAACAGUGAGGACCGGUUCUUGAUUUCUGAUGAAUGGUAGCUGGGUUGUAAGUAGUAGAAAUCGGCACUUUCUGCCUGUUUGCUUAGACCUAGAAGACUAAUUUAUUGUUCUUUCCUCUUAAGAAGCCAGUUUUGGAACCUCUUCCAGCAAAGGAGACAGAUAACUCUUAUGCAAAUGGUGUUUAUAACUUUCCAUUAAUCAUCCAGGCAGGGCUGUCAAGCAGGGAAAGGUUAGGCAUUUUAAACCUCCAAGUUAGGCAAUGUAAGUCUCCAAAUUGCUGACUCUGAAAAUACAAAGUGAAAGUUGAAUUGGAAGCAACCUUUAAUGGAACAAAGCGUAACCCGUUUCUUGUCCUUGCUCUGUGCUCAGAGUUACCAGAAGGUAACAUGAAAAGAAAUGUCUCAUCUGUCAUUUUA